CGUGCACUUACAUAUAAUCCCCAAGUUCAUCAUUAUUGAUGUUUGUCAUUCGUUUAGAUUUCGCUAUCAAGUUAAACUGCUUAUCUUGGUUUAAUUCAGUUUGAUCGACACAGUUCAUUUGCUCCCCCUUUUUCUCUCUCUUUUUUACUUUUUUUUUCAAUUUUUAAACAGAAAACUCCCAACACCCCUCUCCUGACCGAGGAAGAACAUCAGCUUUGAGACCAGAGGAAUUUUUAAUAACCGUGUCUCACAUCUUUUUCAAAUUAAUUCGUCUUCUCCAAUAUCUCAACCUCUUUCGACCCGUUGGGCUUAUUGUUCUACGUCUUCUCUAGGUCAAUACCACUUACCGCGCAGAUUGACCCACUGUCGUAACCUGAGAGAUGGCGGACGCGCCGAACAAAAUCACCAUCACGAUAUGUGGAGAUGGCGGAUGUGGAAAGUCGUCCAUUACCCUUCGAUUAGUGCGCAGCCAAUGGAUUCAUGAGUACGAUCCUACUAUUGAAGAUUCAUACUCGGUUACACGGACGGUGGAUGGUGUUCCCUACUUCUUAGCUAUCACCGAUACCGCUGGUCAGGAAGAAUAUCGCGGACUGUGGGCGGCAUCCAACCUAAAAUCAGACGCUUUCCUUCUCGUCUACGACAUUACGAAUGCUUCUAGUUUAAGCGCGUUGGAUUAUUUCAUGGAAAUGAUUGAUAUUGAGGCUGAACAACGGGUAGAAGACAACCAGCGCUUGCUGAAGGAACUGGGAGACAGCGCACAAGGCUUAGAAGUGGGCAUGCCUCCCCCUGUCAAGAUUAUCGCAGGAAACAAGUGCGACCUUAAAGAAGGACGGGUCGUUGGUGCCAAAGAAGGUCUGGAAUAUGCGCGGAAACAUGGCUGUGGUUUCAUGGAAACAAGUGCAAGAGAGAUGGUCAACAUCGAGGAAACCUUUGCCCUUUUAGUGCGUCGUGUGGUGGAGGCCCGUAAGCAGCAUUACCAGAAAGACAUACAAGUCACCAGUUUACCACAAACUGCAGGGUCUUCGCCUGCAAAACGUUCCGCCGGUACCGGUCAAAAUAAAGGUGCUGCUUUGAAGUCAUCUAACGAGGAAGGCUCACAUCUUCGAUCUUUCUGCUGUGGAAUAUUCAGAGGGAAGGAACGGCCAAGUCAAGGCCAGCAACGGAAAAUUGGGAACAAGGGCUCCGUAUUGGGACACAAGGCAUCGUCAAAAUCGUUCACACCGCGCUUGUGGAGGCGUUUGAGUUGCUGGUAGGCUCACAGGAUGUGUUAACGCACGUGUCUAUCUCUGGUAUUGUUCCUGUUCUUUUGGCUUAUUUAUUGCUAUUAUAUUUUGUGUGUGUGUGUGUGUGUGUGUGUGUGUGUGUGUGUGCGUGUGUGUGCGUGUGUGCACUUUCUUUGCCCAUGUUCUUC